CUCGCAGCAGUAUUUAUGGAGAUGGUCUGCGCUGGUAUAAAUGAACUCAAGACGUGAAACAGAGUCUCUUUUAUUGAAGUGUCACUGCUGUUCUAAGGGAGUCCGAGCUACAAAGUAGCUUUGACAAAUAUCAAGCAUGGCAGCAGAACAGGCAUUUGUCACUUUGGCCACAAAUGAUAGCUAUGCAAGAGGAGCUCUGGUGCUCGGAAAAUCCCUUAGGAACCACAAGACUUCAAAAAAGCUGGUGGUGCUCAUUGGACCCCAUGUGUCCGAUCAGUCAAGGGCAGUGCUUCAUAAGAUCUAUGAUGAAGUCAGGCUGGUGGAUGUGCUGGACAGUGGGGACACGGCACAUUUGGCCAUGAUGAAGAGACCUGAUCUGGGUGUCACAUUCACCAAGCUGCACUGCUGGACUCUCACACACUACUCAAAAUGUGUGUUUUUGGAUGCAGACACACUGGUGGUUUCAAACAUAGAUGAGCUGUUCGACAGAGAGGAGUUGUCUGCAGCACCGGACCCCGGCUGGCCUGAUUGUUUCAACUCUGGUGUGUUUGUGUUUCGCCCGUCCAACGAAACCUACGGCAAACUUCUGCAGUACUGCACAGAGCAUGGCAGCUUUGAUGGAGGGGACCAAGGAGUUCUAAACGGCUUCUUCAGCGACUGGGCAACAGCUGACAUCACAAAACACCUUCCUUUCAUCUAUAACAUGAGCAGCAUAGCCAUCUACACUUACCUUCCUGCUUUUAAACAAUAUGGUGCAAAUGCAAAAGUCGUCCACUUCCUGGGACAGAUGAAGCCAUGGAGCUACACAUACAACCCCACACAGAGGAGAGUGCGAGGGGACGUGCAGGCGUCUUCUCACCCCAGCUUCCUCCUGGAGUGGUGGGCGCUGUACAGUGGUGAGGUGGUGCCCAUGCUGCUCAGAGAGUACGGAGACCAGCCCUUCUACUCCGGCUGUGAGGAGGAUGCUGCCGAGAGUGAGCAGGUCCAGCCCCUCAUGUCGUCAGCGGAGCGCAAGCAGAGGUGGGAACAGGGCCAGGCCGACUACAUGGGAAUAGACUCUUUUGACAGCAUUCAGAAAAAGCUUGAUGCUUUCCUUAAAUAAAAAGCCACAAUUUUAAACACACCGAAAUUCAGCUAUGCAAGUGUGUCACAUUGUGGUACGCUAACUCAUCACAUUCUUGUCUUCUUCAUACAAGCAUUUAUUUCCAGUUGCCUGAACUUUACCUUUGAAUCUCAUGCAAAAUGUGAAUUCUAAUAUACUUAGCAAUUUUAUUGAUUUAUAAAGGGAGUUUUGGGCCACCGAAGUGUGAGCUUUCUCUUUCUCAAGCUCAAAGUUUCAAUAUUUUAAUGGUGUACUCACCAGUGUUGCCAACUAUUUUCAAUGGAAAGUAGUUAAAGCCUGCUUAAAAAGUUGUUAAAUCUCUCUAGAUGCGCCAACUGUCGGCACUUUACAUCUAUUUUCUUUACUAAUCUGUGCUCACAUACACUGCGUCCGAAAUCAAAUACUUCUCUACUAUAUAGUAUGUGAAAAACAGUAUGCCAACAGAGUAGUAUAUCUGAAUGCAUAGUAUUCGAAAAACAGUAGGCAAAAAGUACACCACAACUUCUGAAUUCUUCUGAUUCUGAAGUGUGCAUUCGAUAGACACUUUACUAUCCCAUAAGGCCACGGGAGAGGAUUUAUGAGUGGCAGUGAAGUGACGCAGCUGGCGUUGGUAGGUCGCAUAACCGUAACAACAUGGUGGAUGUAGUACGUCCAAAUUUCAUUAAAAUCCACAUUCAUACUAUAUUUUAAUCGCUCGUGAAGUAAGUUCAAAUUCAAAUACCUACUCAGACAGUACGCGAUUUCGGAUGCAGUGAUACUGUAUUUUAAUAUAAUAUGUAUAGGGGAAUGUCUAAGAAAGCUGUUCUCGUUCACAAAUUUUCUGUCAGACAAUGGAACGAGUGAUACAGUGACUGACUACAUGCUAACCAGCGGUCCAAAAAGGGGUGUGAAAAGCUGCUUAUCCAGUGACAAAGUCUCAUAAUUAAUAGUUUAUCGAAUUCACAGUAAUGAAUUUAUCAAUUUUCCAGUAAAUGGGGUUAUGCAGAGAUACUGUAUUCAGCAUUAGUAUUCAUCUGACCAAUGAGGAGAUGUUCAUAACCCAGCUUUUAAAAGGCUACUGAUAUGACUGGAUUGUUCAUCUCAUGGUAGGGCACAUGCUUUUAAACAUAGAGUAAUAUUCAUUUUAUUUUUAGUGAAAAAAAAAAUUACAUAAUGCAUCUUGAUGCACAUCUUGUUGCCAAUGUCAGCACUCAAAUAAACUAUAGUCCCAUAUAUAAUUCUCUUUUAAUAAAGAUGAAAACUUCUUUUUCUCUACCUAUUGUUUAAUCUGUGCCUUAAUGUUUCACUUUUUAAAGGUUUGAUGCUCUUGAAUGUCAGUCUGGUUGAUCUGAUUUUUCAUCAUGUUAUGGAUGGUGUAUUUCGGUUUACAGUGUUAUUUCUGUGUCAUCACUGUGCAAUCAAUUGCCACUUGUUUUUCCUCAUCUUUUUUUUUUUUACAUCUUUGUCUGUAUUUUUGUUUUAUCUUUUGUAUCUGUUUCCUUUUAUUCAGUGUUACAGGGCCUUUGUCCCCCGGCUACAAAAUAAAGCUUUUGAAAUGAU